UUUAGGGAAAGUGAAUCAUCACAUCCCCCCUGUGGAAGUAAGAGGACUUGGGCUGGAAGCAUGUGGUGCAUCCUUCGAGGCUGGAGGCGAGGGAGCCUGGGCCCUUGGGGAGCCCUGGGGCAGCACUGGCCCCGGGGCAUCCAUGCUCUGGCCAGCGAGCGCCCCCGGAUUGGGGGUGAGUACAGCCACGUGGUGGUGGGUGCGGGCUCCGCUGGCUGCGUGCUGGCCGGCCGGCUGACGGAGGACCCCGACAAGCGAGUGCUGCUGCUGGAGGCCGGGCCCAAGGACGUGUACGCGGGGAGCAAGCGGCUCCUGUGGAAGAUCCACAUGCCCGCAGCCCUCGUGGCCAACCUGUGUGAUGACAGGUACAACUGGUGCUACCACACGGAGCCGCAGCCGGGCCUGGACGGCCGCGUGCUGUACUGGCCACGUGGCCGGGUCUGGGGCGGCUCAUCGUCGCUCAAUGCCAUGGUCUACGUCCGCGGGCACGCCGAGGACUACGAGCGCUGGCAGCGGGAGGGCGCGGCGGGCUGGGACUACGCGCACUGCCUGCCCUACUUCCGCAAGGCGCAGGCGCACGAGCUGGGCGCCGGGAGGUACCGCGGCGGCGACGGUCCCCUGCGGGUGUCCCGGGGCAAGAGCGGCCACCCGCUGCACCGCGCAUUCCUGGAGGCGGCGCAGGAGGCCGGCUACCCCCUCACCGAGGACGUGAACGGCUUCCAGCAAGAGGGCUUCGGCUGGAUGGAUAUGACCAUCCACGAAGGCAAGCGCUGGAGCACGGCCUGUGCGUACCUGCAUCCGGCACUGAGCCGCCCCACCCUCACGGCUGAGACCCAGACACUUGUGAGCAGGGUGCUGUUUGAAGGUACCCGUGCAGUGGGUGUGGAGUACAUCAAGAACGGCCAGAGCCACAGGGCUUACGCCAGCAAGGAGGUGAUUCUGAGUGGAGGUGCCAUCAACUCUCCACAGCUGCUCAUGUUGUCAGGCGUGGGCAAUGCAGACGACCUCAAGCAACUGGGCAUCCCGGUGGUGUGCCACCUUCCUGGAGUUGGCCAGAACCUCCAAGACCAUCUGGAGAUAUACAUCCAGCAGGCGUGCACCUCCCCCAUCACCCUCCAUUCAGCACAGAAGCCCUUGAGGAAGGUCCUGAUUGGCCUGGAGUGGCUCUGGAAGUUCACAGGGGAUGGAGCCACGGCCCAUCUGGAAACAGGUGGGUUCAUCCGGAGCCAGCCUGGGGUCCCCCACCCGGACAUCCAGUUCCACUUCCUCCCUUCCCAGGUGAUCGACCAUGGGCGGGUCCCCCCACAGCAGGAGGCUUACCAGGUGCACGUGGGGACCAUGCGGGGCACGAGCGUGGGCUGGCUCAAACUGAGAAGUGCCAACCCCCAUGACCACCCUGUGAUCCAACCCAACUACUUGUCAACAGAAACUGACAUCGAUGACUUCCGUCGGUGUGUGAGGCUGACCAGAGAAAUUUUUGCACAGAAGGCUCUGGCACCGUUCCGGGGGAAGGAGCUCCAGCCAGGAAGCCACGUCCAGUCAGAUAAGGAGAUAGACGCCUUUGUGCGGGCAAAGGCAGACAGCGCCUACCACCCAUCAUGCACCUGCAAGAUGGGCCAGCCCUCCGACCCCAUGGCGGUGGUGGACCCGCAGACCAGGGUCCUCGGGGUGGAAAACCUCAGGGUGGUCGACGCCUCCAUCAUGCCCAGUGUGGUCAGCGGCAACCUAAACGCCCCCACCAUCAUGAUCGCAGAGAAGGCAGCCGACAUCAUCAAGGGGCGGCCAGCUCUCUGGGACGAGGCUGUCCCUGUCUACAAGCCCAGGACCCUGGCCACCCAGCGCUGAGGCUGUCCCUGGGUAGGA